AAUUCACACACGGCUGAAAAAAUCUUCUGCGUCGAUAAACGUCCAUUGACAUCCAUGGAUGGAACUCCUUUGUCUGCUCAAUUCAAACGUCUGUUAUGAAACAGCGAACCGAUCAAAUCUUAAUUCAGCCCAUCGGAUCUGAGUUUCGUUCCUACAUCCGCUUAAAUAGUUCCGACUUUCGAUCGAUGAUCGGAUGUACCAGAUAACCAGCUGCGCUUCGUCGUCCACCCAUUUCCCGCUUCCUUUCAAAUCCCCAUAUCUUCGUGGACAUGGAAAGAUGAACGGAGAGAGAGAGAGAGAGAGAGAGAGAGAGAUGGCUCUCUGCUGCUGCGUGCUCUCUUCAAACCCCGUUGCCUUCGUUUCCGUCUCACUUCCUCGCUGCCCUCGCCCGCUCCUCAACAGUGCUCUGAUGCUCCCGCCACAGUCCUCUUUUUUCUCUUCUGCUGCGCGCAUGCCCCUUGGCUCAUGUGGCGGGGAUCUCAACACUUUUGGCAAAAAUUCUGCUUAUCUUCGAUUGUUUGAGAGAAUCAGAAAGCACUGGCAAUGGAGGAAAGGCAGGAGCUUUCGAUCUCCACAUUCAGAUGGCUGGAAAGUUAGUGCAGACGCGGCUGAAUCGUCAUUUGCCAAUAAGAGAAAAAUUGUAGAGCAUAUUGUUCUUCUUAAAGCAAAAAGCGAUCUAUUGGAAGAUGAUGAGAAGGAUAUGCUUGAUUCUCUCUAUACCUCACAGUAUCACAUGAGUGGCAUUCUGGCAAUAUCUUUAGGUAUCCCUCAGCUCUCCUUACUCAUGUUCCCUCUGAGGAAGGAUGAACCAUACGGUCGUAUUGCUGAUCCAAAUGAUGAUGGUUGCACUCAUGGAGUCUAUAUGCGCUUCCAGAGGAAGGAGGACCUGGCAAAGUUCUAUCAGAAUCCAUUAUACAGAAAAGUCCUAGAAGAACAUGUUUUACCUCACUGCCAUGAUUUGAUCUGUUUGGACUAUGAAUCAGAAGUGGAAGAUGAUAUCCUGCCAAUAUUUCGACGGGGAGAGGCCUUUGAGUAUGGAGUGGAGUUUCUGCUUUUGAUAUCAGUUUAUGACGAUGCAGUUGCUGAAGAUGUGGAAGAUGCAUUUUGUGCCCUUGUAACUCUUACAGAGGCCUUCAGUUUCUUGAUUGUACAGUCCACUCAAGGUUCUAAAUUCAGCACUAAUGAUGGUGAAUAUACUCAUGGUGUAGUGAUACGUUUUCCAUCCUAUGAAGCAUUGGAGGAAUUCCGUGAAAGCUCAGAGUAUGCAGAUAUGUGGCUGAAGAAAUUCAAACCUAUUACCAGGAAAUCACUAGCUGUAUAUUUCCUUGUUGAUCCUGUGGGUGCUCAGGUAUUAUAGUUCAGCUUGGAUGUAUUUGCUGGUUCAAGACAACUCAGGUGACUGCUGCCCAUACAAAUGAGUGGAAAUGUUGACUGGGAAUAUGAUCUCAUCUACUUGCUAGCCUAAAACAAGGUAACUACCUUCCCAGCAAACUUUCUUUCACAAUAAUCUUCCUAAUAGCCUUAUCUAAUUAAACAAGUCUUUGAUGAAGUUCAUUGAUAAUACUAGUGAGAGAUUAAUACUUGACAUUUCAAUAGAAAUGAAAGAUCUCCAUCCUCUGGAAGUUUUCUGCAGGAGUGAUCUUGUUCUCUUUCACAAGAAAUUCAUUGAAAUUCUAAAACAGGAGAGAGGAAUGUAUGUACUAGGGGAUUUACAACGUUGGUAGAUGACCUGUCCAGACUUUUUUCUGUAAAAUCACUGGCCUACAUGGCUAGCAAUACUUACAAUUAUAGUUGUGCUGUUGCAAAAUGCAAUCCUCCAGUGUCAUGUUUCGACAUGCACCCAUCUGUAUUUAGUGAAAAGAGAUCCCCAAGUGUAAUAUUUGUGGUGUAUUUUCUGCUGCAUGGUUCCUGUGCAAGUGGGUUGGCAGUGGGUAGUUAAGUUGGUUAGCUGUUGAUUUCUGGUUAAGAUUCAAAAAUCAGCGAAAUGGCGGGAGUACUCUUUGUUGUUUAGCACAGUCUCAAGCUUGAGUGACACUUAAGAUCCUUCUCUUGCUUAUAAGAUUGUGUUCUCCAAGCACCCAUGGUUGGCCAUCA